ACUAAAGCCACCCCCACCGUAUCCAUCCGGGCUCAGGGCCGGGGCCUUUCAUACGUACACCGAUCUUGCGCUAACGUCGUGUGAAUCAAGCCAACUCAACUGCGUAACUUCAUUGUGAUAAACUGUAAAGUCGUAAACUACGUGGCGUCUAGCUAUUUCCUCGCUCCUCUCAAAGCCCAUCGCGGAGUGCUAAUUACCGCAGCUCCCUACUGCGCCCAUAUCUAACUAGCUACAGAUAACACAAAACCUGACUAGCUACGCAGUUCACUUGAUUUACAUGAAGGUGUGCGUAUGAAGGGAUCGGUCGUCGUCCCGGAGGAAUAAGGUCGGGGUUGCUUUAGUGUGCAGUGUAAUAUAAUAUAUAUAAAUACGCUGAGUUGACCGGGUUGGCGGGUCAGAGAUACAAGUCAGCGCUGGAGCAUGGCUCGUGAGCCCGAGAGCAGUGAGUCGAAGACAAUCAGCGAUGGUGUUCGACUCGGUCUCCAGGCAACUCGCGCCGCUGUGGGGCUGCAUUGCGCAUCUGGCACAGCAGAGUCUGAAGACUCUGAUGGACGGGGCGGUCUUCUCGCUCGUCAUCCGAAAUGCUCGACCCAGGCAGGCCCCAUCGAGGCACACGGUCCACCAGGUCGCGAUUCUGCCCCGAUGAAUCGAGCAUUCUCUGCAACGAAGAGCGGAUCUUCGUUGCGCUCUGGUGCCCGCGAGGCGGCUGCGUGCUGAUAUGCUUCUCUCGGCGAUGGCCGGCUCCGGGAGUUGGAUGAUGGAUACCUCGUCUGCCUAGCCCGUCUUCAUUCUUUCGGCGGCCGGGGUGCGUUUGUGACCCUUUCUUCAUCCCCGUGGUCCAUCUCAACGCAUCUCCAAUUCCGAACGUUCUGAAACUCGAUGAAAUCUCGCGGAUUUAGUUUUAGUCUGGUGGAUGAGUUUCUGACUUGAGAGCAGAGCAGCUCAGGGCAGGGCAGGGCAUGACUCCAGCCAGGCUCCAACGACGCCUGAACCUUCCAUCGUUUUCAAGGAGCUGGAAUUCUGCUGGACAGUGAUUUUCAUCCAUGGUGAGCCUGCGAGGUCCAGCUGUCGAUCUGAGCAUGGCGCACAUCUCCAGGGCCCCUGCCUCGGCAAUCAGUCCCAAUUCUACGAGCAUUCUCUUUCCCCGAGCUGGAGCAUUGAAAUCUCUCGGGAAGGGCUCGCCGGCGCCUGCUGCUGCAGUUAGCCGAAAAUUCGGGAGCGUCCGAGCUACGCUGAGCAAUGUUCGGCCAACCAAUCAAACAUCAAAUUUCGAGUCAGGCCCGAAUGGGAGCAGCGGACGACCCUCAUCACGAGUCAGCUCCAAUUUCGACGGCAGCACGAUGGUCUCACUGCAGGCGUGGCUCACAAUCAGGAAAAAGAGGCGUCCUGACAGAGAUGAGCAGAUGGUCGAUCGGAUGGACGUGAUCGGGGAUCUCUUGGGACAAAACAUCAGCCUGCAGCUCGUCAGUAUGGACGUCGACCCUGCUACGAAGGUCGGAAAGCGGAGUAGGAUUUCAGGAAUCAAGGACUGGGCCGAGAAAGCAGCGGUGGUUGCAGAUAAGGUGCAAUAUACUGCAGACUUUGUAGUUGACAAAACCUUCGGUGUUCCGGGAGCUGUUGUGAUUAUCAACAGGCACCAAAACGAAUUCUUUCUGGAGACCAUAUGUCUUCAAGGUCAUGAGUCCGGACCAAUUCACUUCCCCUGCAACUCGUGGAUGCACUCGUUCAAAGAUAAUCCAGCGCAGCGAGUUUUCUUCAGCAACAAGACGUACUUGCCCUCCACCACUCCGGCAGGGUUGAAAGAUCUGCGCGAAGCGGAUCUGAAAUCUCUUCGAGGUGACGGAAAGGGAAGGCGCAAAUCGUGGGAGAAUGUGUACGACUACGCUGUGUACAACGAUCUCGGGGACGGCGAUGAGGAUGCGAAGCUCAUCAGACCGGUUUUGGGCGGCUCCAAGGCACAUCCUUAUCCCCGUCGAUGUCGCACUGGAAGGCCUCCUGCCAGACAUGAUCGCAGCAAAGAGAGCAGGCUCGAGGGAAAAGUCGUUCCGUACGUUCCGAGAGACGAAGCUUUCGAGGCCGUGAAACAAGAGAGUUAUUUCAGUACAGCAAUCAGGGGACUCGUUCACCAGUCCAUGCCCAAGCUGCGAGACCAUUUUUUCGGUUCUUCCGACGAAUUCGAAAGCUUCGAGGAGAUCGACCGGCUGUAUUGCGAGGGAGUCGAGCUGAAGAAGGUAGACGCGAAUGAGUUUCUGAGAAUGCUCGAAGAUACGCCUCUGAAUGGCAUGCUCCCAGAUAUCGUACGAGCUGUCACAUCUGCUGCUGGCGCUGAGCAGCCCAGCGUCUUGCGAUAUCCUCGUCCUCAGCUACUUUCCAAGGACAGGUUUGCUUGGUUACGGGACGACGAGUUCGGACGUCAAACUCUUGCCGGACUGAACCCCUGUGCCAUUCAGCGCCUGAAGGUAUUUCCUCCAAUGAGUGAGCUCGAUCCGAAGGUAUAUGGCUCACCAGAAUCGGCAAUCAAGGAGGAGCAUAUUGCGGACAGGCUGGAAGGUCUUUCCGUGAGGCAGGCUCUGGAGGAGGCGCGGUUGUUCAUCCUGGACUACCACGACGUUUUCAUGCCAUACGUCAACGGAAUCAACUCGCUGGAGAAACGUGCCGGCUAUGCUUCGCGCACGAUCUACUUCCUAACGUCGGAGGGCACUCUGAAGCCUCUGGUGAUCGAGCUGUGCCUGCCACCUCCGCAUCGCAGCCAGCGGGUGUUCGUGCCGGGCCACAGCGCCACCGAGCACUGGCUAUGGCAGCUGGCCAAGGCCCAUGUCAGCUGCAACGACGCGGGGUUCCAUCAACUCGUCAGUCACUGGUUGAGGACUCAUGCCGCGACGGAACCGUACGUGAUCGCCACGAAUCGUCAGCUGAGCAUAAUGCAUCCCGUGUACAGACUGCUGCAUCCGCACUUCCGGUACACGAUGGAGAUCAACGCCGCCGCGAGGCAGAGUCUGAUCUGCGCCGAUGGGGUCAUCGAGAAGAGCUUCCAGCCGGGCCCGGCCGCCAUGGAGAUCAGCUCCGCAUACUACGCUGCGUCCUGGAGGUUCGAUCGCCAGGGGCUGCCCGAGGACCUGAUCGACAGAGGAAUGGCCGUCGAAGACCCCAGCGCCACGCACGGGCUGCGGUUGGCGAUCGAGGACUACCCGUUCGCGGCGGACGGGCUGCUGAUGUGGACGGCUCUCGAGACAUGGGUGCGCGAGUACGUGGCCAUAUACUACAAAGACCCCGAGAGCGUCCGGAGCGACCACGAGCUGCUGAGCUGGUGGGCCGAGAUCCGGUACUCGGGCCACGCCGACAAGAAGGACGAAAGCUGGUGGCCCGCGCUCGAGAGCGAAGCCGAUCUGACGAGGAUUCUGACCAUCAUGAUGUGGAUCGCGUCGGGGUUCCACGCGGCGGUCAACUUCGGGCAGUUCGCCUACGCCGGGUACGUGCCCAACAAGCCGACUCACGUACGGCGGCUCGUGCCCGAGCCCGGGACGGCGGAGUGGCGAGAGUUCCAGAGCAACCCGCAGCAGUUCCUUCUGUCCAUGCUUCCCGGCCAACUGCAGGCCACCGUUCUGAUGGCCGUGAUCGAGUCUCUGUCCACCCACUCGCCGGACGAGGAGUACCUCGGCCAGAUCUCGCACCCCAAGUGGCUCGGCUGUCCCGACGGCCUGCAAGCCUUCCGGCGGUUCCAGCAAUCCGUCUCGGCCAUCGACCGCGAGAUCACCGCCCGGAAUAACAACGCCCACCUGAGGAACCGAAACGGCGCCGGUAUUCUUCCCUACGAGUUGCUGCUGCCCACCUCCGGGCCCGGCAUCACCGGCCGAGGCGUCCCCAACAGCAUUUCCAUCUAGUCUAAACCGAGUCCAACCCGAGUCUUCUACUGCAGUAGACGCAUGCCAUGCCUGCCGAGUCUACCACGUACUUUAUAAAUGUCCUACCACGAACCUGACCGCGUACGGGACGUGUUCUGAUCUGUUGCGUCCUCUUGUGCUCUUUGGAUCAGAACCUUCAGAAUACUUGCGAACACGCAAACGCUUGACGAGCUUUUCACGGACUCUGCUCCAUCGCCUCGAGCUGGUUCGCUGCUUCCCCAUACGUAUGGCUUUGGAGCCAGAGUGAUUUUGGUACGUAGUCUCGAAAGUCGGGCGUUUGCGGAAAGAUGGGUCUACGAGUGUGAGCAAGCACAAACAUCCGCAAGGCUUUUCUUGUCUCUGUGCGAGGCACGAGCGAAGUUCUUUACGAAUCUGUCGAAUCGACGGGCUGCAUGUUGCGUGAUCAUUAGACAUCGGUAGACUCCCAUGAACUCCGUAUGUACAUAACCAUCUUAUAAUUGUUUUACACGGUACAGCGGUUGCUAAUCCCGUCCCUGGACUCCCGAAUCCUCUCCCGUACUCUGAGAACAAACAGUGUUUAUUUUUUGUCUCUAAUAUUUCUAAGCAAUAAAAGUGCUCGGCG